AUGGAUUUCAAAAUAAAAAGAAAAUCUACUAAAACUAUUACUACAGGUAGUCUUAUUGAAAAUUAUCCUCAUGAUUUACAAAUGUACAAAAUCCCUCCAACACAAAACAUAUCACUACAAACAUUUGAGACAUUAGCACUAGAAAGACUUACUUUAUUACGGACCUUAGCGACUGCUACAACCUUAAAGGGUUUUCGAAUGUAUUCUGAAGAAUGGACCGAUUUUGUGAUAAAAGAUUUGAAGAACCAAGGAUUAAAAUACUAUGCAAAACUCUGUGAAAACUCAGGAUGUGGGACACUUGAGGCUGACUUAGAAGCAAGGCGCAAAGAUCAUAUUUCUCAUUUCAUUUUGAGAUUAGCGUACUGUAGAACUGAGGAGUUACGUCGCUGGUUCAUUUCAAGAGAAUUAGAAUUAUUCAAAAUGAGAUUUAUGACCAUGAAGUCUGAUGCUAUCGAUUCAUUCUUUAAAUUAAAUAACCUCUGUUACACUAGCAUUUCAAAUGAUGAAAAAAAUGAAAUCAUGAAAUAUUUACGAGAAUCAACAUUUUACCAAAACAAUCAAAAUAUAGAAUCGUUUAAAUUUUAUAAAGUUAAAUUUUAUGAGGUUCUGGACUUAAUCAAAGCUAGAAAAGUUUACCUUCAGGGUGGAUAUGCCUAUAUUCCACAUAAAGAUUUUAUUUCAGUCCUCUCUGCUCAAUUCAGGAUGCACUUGCGACAAAGUUUAGCUAUUGCAAGUCACCACUUAGGAGAGAUUGAACAAGAUGAAAGACUUGUUUCUUUACUUAAAGGUUUACAUCAAUCAUAUUCAGGAAAUGACUACACUAGUGAUGCAAAAGUGUCAAUCCCAAUUGAAAGAAUUGAUUCUCUAUCUAUAAAAUCUUUUCCUUUGUGUAUGAAACAACUUCAUGAACAGCUUCGAGUGGCUCAUCAUUUAAAACAUGGAGGUAGAUUGCAAUAUGGUCUUUUUAUAAAAGGAAUUGGUGUAACACUUGAAGAUUCUCUAAGAUUUUGGAGAGAGGAAUUUACUAAAAUUAUGGAAUUAGAUAAGUUUGAAAAGCAAUAUGCUUACAAUAUCAGAUAUAAUUAUGGAAAAGAAGGCAGUAAGAAAAACUACACACCUUUCAAUUGCUUAAAAAUUAUAAAUACAAACGUAGGUCCAGGAGAAUGUCAUGGUUGUCCAUUUAGACACUGUGAUAACAGCAUCUUAAAAAAUAAGCUGAAAGGAUAUGGAUUUGAGGGACAAGCUGUCAAUGAUAUUGUGGAUAUGGCUAAAAAAGGACACUACCAAAUAGCAUGCAGUAAAUAUUUUGAUGCAGUGCAUAAUACAGAUCUUGGCUUAGGUAUCAAUCAUCCAAAUCAGUUUUUUGAAGAGAGCCAGAAAAUUAUAAGGGGAGAUAUCAAAAUUGAGCCAAAGAAAGAACAAUCAACAGGAUCUAUAAAUAAGAAAGAACUGGAUGGAUUUGAAGAUAUGGACUAUGAUGAGAUUGCUGAAUGGAAAGAA